CCCUAGCAGAACAACACGGUGUAUGGGUGGAAAGGGGACUUGUGUGGAAGCAUCCUCUCCUCCUCCUCCUCCUCCUUCUCCUCAGCUUUGGGCUUUGUGGUUCGGGCUUGCAGUUACUGAGUUCGGCUACUCUUCUCCCCCUGGUUUCAGUUGGAGCAUCAAUAUGCCGUCCUUCAGCAGUUGGUCAGGUUGAAAUAUCACCAAACGCCUUCAGGUUGAAGCUCCUCCUGGUAGAAUCUGAGGGGCGAUGGGGAACACAGCCACUAAAUUCCGCAAGGCUCUGAUCAACGGUGACGAGGGUCUGGCCUAUCAGCUGUAUGAGGGGAGCCCCCAGUUUAAAGAGAGCCUGGACCCCAACACUUCAUAUGGCGAACCCUACCAGCACAACACUCCUCUGCACUACGCUGCCAGGCACGCCAUGUCACGACUCAUCAGGUCCUUUCUCUUCAGUAAGGACGGCAACCCCAACAAGCGUAACGUUCACAAUGAGACGUCCCUCCAUCUCCUCUGUAUGGGCCCCCAGAUCCUAAUGGGGGAGGGGCCUCUGCAGCCGCGGCUGGCCCGGCCCGAGCUGGACGAGAUGAAGAGGUCAGAGUGUCUCCAGAUCAUCCUGAAAUGGACCGGAGCCAAGCUGGACCAGGGAGAGUAUGAGAACGCCAACGUCAACUCCACUGACAACAAGAAGAACACAUCGCUGCACUACGCAGCCGCCUCGGGGUUGAAGAAGUGUGUUGAGAUUCUAGUAAAUAGGGAAGCAGAUCUGUUUGCGGAGAAUGAGGACCGUGAGACGCCGUGUGACUGUGCAGAGAAGCAGCAUCACAAGGAGCUGGCCCUCAGCCUGGAGUCUCGGAUGGUCUUCAGUCUGGCCCCAGAGAGCAUAGAGGCAGAGUACACUGCUCUGGACCACAGAGAGCUAUAUGAGGGUCUGAGGCCUCAGGAGCUGCGUCGUCUGAAGGACAUGCUGAUAGUGGAGACGGCAGACAUGCUGCAGACCCCUCUCUUUACUGCUGAGGCUCUGCUUAGAGCACAUGACUGGGACAGAGAGAACCUGCUGGAGGCCUGGAUGUCUAAUGCUGAGGAAUGCUGCCAGCGGUCUGGGGUCCACAUGCCCAGUGCUCCUCCUAGUGGGUACAACGCCUGGGACACCCUGCCGUCCCCUCGUACCCCCAGGACCACCCGCUCCUCCAUCACCUCCCCUGACGAGAUCAGCCUCUCCCCCGGAGACGACGAUAGAACACUGUGUGGUAUCUGUAUGUGCCCCCUCUCUAUCUUCGAGGAACCGGUUGACAUGUCAUGUGGUCACGAGUUCUGCCGAGCCUGCUGGGAAGGGUUUCUGAAUCUGAAGAUUCAGGAAGGGGAGGCUCACAACAUCUUCUGCCCGGCGCACGACUGCUUCCAGCUGGUUCCUGUGGAGGUCAUAGAGAGUGUCGUCUCCAGAGAGAUGGACAAGCGCUACCUGCAGUUCGACAUCAAGGCGUUUGUGGAGAACAACCCAGCUAUCCGCUGGUGUCCCAAGGCGGGCUGUGAGCGGGCGGUGCGUCUCUCAUCCCGGGGUCCAGGUAGCAGCUCCUCGGACCCGUUCAGUCUACCUCUCCUCAGAGCGCCCGCCGUGGACUGUGGCAAGGGACACGUGUUCUGUUGGGAGUGCCAGGGAGAAGCCCAUGAACUGCUAGGCUCUGUAUCCAAGACAUGGAAGAUGUGGCUGGCUGAAGUGACUGAGAUGAGACCCCAGGAAUUGGCUGGUGUGAGUGAAGCCUAUGAAGAUGCAGCCAACUGCUUGUGGUUACUGUCAAACGCCAAACCCUGCGCCAACUGCAAGUCUCCUAUUCAGAAGAACGAAGGCUGCAACCACAUGCAGUGUGCUAAGUGUAAGUAUGACUUCUGCUGGAUCUGUCUGGAGGAAUGGAAGAAACACAGCUCUUCUACUGGAGGUUACUACCGCUGUACCCUGUAUGAGGUCAUCAACCAGGUGGAGGAGCAGAACAAAGACAUGACUGUGGAGGCUGAGAAGAAGCACAAGGGAUUCCAGGAACUGGACCGUUUCAUGCACUACUACACACGCUUCCAGAACCAUGAACACAGUUACCAGCUGGAGCAGCGCCUGUUGAAGACAGCCAAAGACAAGAUGGAACAGCUGAGCAGAGCCUUGAGUGGACGAGACGGAGGCCCACCUGACACUACGUUCAUUGAAGAUGCUGUACUGGAGUUGCUGAAGACGCGUCGCAUCCUCAAGUGCUCUUACCCCUACGGCUUCUUCCUGGAGAUCAAAUCCACCAAGAAAGAGAUUUUUGAACUCAUGCAGACUGACUUGGAGAUGGUGACAGAGGACCUAGCUCAGAAAGUCAACCGUCCUUACCUCCGAACUCCCCGUCAUAAGAUCAUCCGAGCGGCCUGUUUGGUGCAGCAGAAGAGACAGGAGUUCCUGGCCUCCGUCGCCCGGGGGGUGGCCCCCAGCGACUCCCCAGAGGCCCCUAGACGCAGUUUUGGAGGUGGAACGUGGGACUGGGAGUAUUUGGGCUUUGCAUCUCCUGAGGAGUAUGCAGAGUUUCAGUACCGGAGGAGACACCGGGAUCGUCAGCAGAGGAGACAGAGAGGGGACAUUCCCCAUCUUGACGAGCCUAGCGACAGCACUAUAGACACACAGGAAAUGGGAGGUGGGCGAAGACCUGGUCCCCCAUGGUAUCUGUCUACAUGCCAAUGUGAAGGUAUCUGUCUACAUGCCAAUGUGAAGGGCUCAUUGGACGAGGACGAUCCCAACAUCCUAUUGGCUAUCCAGCUGUCACUCCAAGAGUCUGGGUUGGCGACGGCCGGGGACACUCCAGAGUUGUUGUCCAACGAGGCGUCCCUGGGGGCCAUCGGCACCUCCCUCCCGUCCAGACUGGACGCGGAGUCCCAGAGGGUGGAGGUGGGGCCCCGGGGGGCCGUCAGCAGCCAGCGGCUUUAUGAAGGGGUUCCAGGGGUCUAUGCGUUACACCACCACCACUCAUCCCAGCAGCACUACAGCUACCACAAUCUCAACCCGCUCAGGGAGCCUUCUUCAGGCCAGGCUCUGUUCUCGUCCUCCAGUGGUACUGCGGACUCCACUACCACCGCGUCAACAGGGCUCCAGGACCCCUCACACCCAAACACCAACCUGCUGGGUAACAUCAUGGCCUGGUUCCAUGACAUGAACCCUCAGAGCAUCACCCUCAUCCCCUCCACCACCACCACCACCACCUCCUCCUCAGACACAGACCUAGACUUCAACAUGGCAGCACAGACCACGGCCAACACAGCCUCCGAGGUGGAGGAGGAGGUCCAAGCUGACCUCCACCAGCCCCGUGCCAAGCCCCAGAAAGGUGAGGGCGAGCUGGGGGAAGAUGUGGACUGUUUCCCCUUCCCUUCUCAGGGCCUGGAGGAGAAGGAGGCUGAGAGGGGGAGACCCACCCAUCUAGACCUGACGGUGGGGUCAGAGGUCAUGGCCCCGUCCUACAUGGUGACUACCGGGACAGGGGACCGGGCCGGGGAGAGGAUCGCUGGGGGUAACGUCGUUCACGUUGACACGCCCAUGUGUGACUCUGUGACCUCUGACCUUCUGCCUAGCACCAGCUCUUCAGAAUGGGAGGAGCAGAUACACCUGGUCUGAUUGGUGGGGGAAAAAAAUCUUAAAUGGGGACGGAGGAGAUACACCUGGUCUGAUUUAUGAUUGGAGGAAAAUUCCGAGUUGGUGGAGCAAAUCCACCUGUUUAUGACUCUGAUUGGAGGAAACAUAUGAGAUGGGAGGAGCAAAGUCUCCUGGUCUGAUAGAAGACAGAAGCCUUCAGAGGGGUCAAACCACUGACAUGCAGAGAGAGAGAGAGAGAGAGGACCAAUCCUGACUGAGAGGGGACAUUACCAAGUAGCCAGUGAUGGUGUUGUGGGGGGGAAUUUAAUCCUGACUUGAUUGUACUGUUAGGAGGAGAUAUAUGAUGAUGGAGUGUAUUUCUCUUUCCAGUGUUUACAAGUACACAUCAAACACUUGAUAGCUGGUCUAUACUGGCAUGAGAUGCCCCCCUGGGUGAACCUACGGACGGAGGACUGGAUGGACUCCUAAGAAGCGAGACGGAAGGUGUUUGACUGGGUGUUAUUGGUAUUAUAUUAUUACCCACAAUGGAUAUUUGCUGAAAAAAGAAUGACGAUCAAGUUGCUUCUCUCAGAUGAUCUGGUUUAGAUUACAACAUGAGGUGAUUAUACUGCAUUAUUAUAGUGAAUACAUUUUGCAGGAGUUGUUGAUCUAGUAUUUUUUUGUUUGUUGAUAUUGAUGAUCCUAUUCUUAAAUGUUUUCCGCUGAAAUAUACUGUAUUGUGUUUGGA